AUGUCGGCCAAAUACGCCUUCAACAAAAGUUUGAAGGAACUCCGGUUCCUCUUCUGCCAGACCUCCCCUCACAGCGAAGCCACCAGGGCCUUCUUGAACCGCGCAUACCCAACCAUGAAGAAGAACAACCCUUACGUGCCGAUCCUGAUCCGAGAAGCGUCAGGGACGCAACCCAGGGUGUUCGCCCGAUACGAAUUCGGAAAGGAGAAACAGGAGCUGUUGACGGGUCUGACGGAUAAGGAGAUCGAGGAGAAAGUCACGUCUCUCGUCAAGAAUGCGCUAUAG